AUGGCAUCCCCCGCGAAAAUCCAACCGCGGCGAAGUAUACUCGAUAGACCUAUACUUAUAGCUAUACCUAUUCUUAUCGGAUUGUUCCUCACUCGAUCGCCGUUCUUCAUGUCGGCUCCUACGGUAGAUCUCGCUGCCGCGGACGGCAAGCCUUGGGCUGAUGCCCCUAUUAAGUUGGUUACGACGCCGCAGUUUGAGACUAAGAAGACCGACAUAUUCACCACCGGCGCAACCCACAUGGCCCUCCUCCACAACGCUAUCCUCCGCGGCUUCAACUCCGUCUACCAACAAGCCCCACACGUGCGCCCGGGCGACCGAGCUGAUUUCGUCGGAUACGCACUUACGUGGCAUAAAUUCGUCGCUACGCACCACGAUGACGAAGAAACCGUUUUAUUCCCCAAAGUCGCGGCGUUGCUUAACGACGAAUCGGUAUGGGAGGGCACGCAUAAGGAACAUGAAGCAUUUUUAGGUGGAUUGGCGAAACUUGAGAAAUAUUUAAGGAGUACGGAGGCAAAACCUAGUGAGCUGUUUGAUGGGACGGAGUUAGUUAAGAUCAUGGAUGGGUUUAAGGAAUCGUUCGAGAACCAUUUUCAUAGCGAGAUUAGCACGAUUGCGGGAUUGGCAGACCAUGCGAAUGCCCCGAAACCCGGGUCGCAGGAGGAGACGGAUGCGUCGAAUACGUUUCGUGCUUGGGGGAAGAAUACGGUGACGAAAGCUGGUACGCUGGACGUUGUACCGUUCUUUUUACUGAAUUUGGAUGGCACGGCGGAGGAGGGCGCUUGGGCGAAUUGGCCACCUAUGCCUGCGCCUAUUCGUUGGGGCUUGGUGAAUAUUGCGGGUGCCUGGCAUGGUCGGUGGUGGAGGUUUAGUUCUUGUGCUGGGGGUAGGCCGAGGGAGCUAUACGCUUUGAAAUAA